AUGGACGCGACUCUGCACAUAACGCUUUUUCUGGGCUUUAUUUUUGCUUUCCUUGGGAAUAUACCGUGCUUUCAGUCUGCAGCUAUCAUCUCCCCAUCCACACCAAAAAGGCACCGAGUAACUAAAGCCUUGCAUCAGGACGGACAAAGGUCACACAAACUAUUGAAAGACAUUUUCUCGUACUCGAAUACAGUAGGGAACCAGUUUCAUCAUCACAAAGACGAGUUUAAAGACGGCAUUGUACCGCAUGAAUACAUGCUUUCUAUUUACCGAACGUAUUCAGCCGCGGAGAAGCUCGGACUAAAUGCAAGCUUUUUUCGCUCAUCCAAGUCUGCUAACACCAUAACGAGUUUUGUGGACAGAGGAACAGACGAUCUUUUGCACUCUCCACUGCGAAGACAAAAGUACACGUUUGAUGUCUCAACUCUUUCAGACAAAGAAGAGCUGGUUGGGGCGGAAUUAAGGAUAUUUAGGAGAUCGUCGGGAGACGUGCACAGCUCCCUUGGCCUCUACGAUAUCCAGCUCUACCCAUGCCGCUCGGACUCGCUGCUGGACUCCAGGUCACUGGACCCCCUGGACGCCACCAAAGCGGGAUGGGAGGUUUUAGACGUAUGGGAACUGUUUAAAAUGUAUCCUCACAAACAUCAGCAAAUCUGCCUCCAACUGAGGGUCACUCUGGGUAAAACGGACGCUGAGGUGGAUCUGAGACAACUGGGUUUGGAUAGAGCAGGCAGAUCUCAACAGGAGAAGGCCUUACUAGUGGCGUACACGCGCUCAAAAAAGAGAGAAAACUUGUUUAACGAAAUGAAGGAGAAAAUCAAAUCGAGGAGAUCAGUGACUGAUAGAGAUGGUGCGGAUGGAGCAGUUAUUAGGACCGAGGAGGAAGCUGUUUCACUUCGGACUGUGCGGGGAGAGGGCCCGAGGAGGAGGAGAAGGACCGCGCUGAGCAAUAGACACGGCAAGAGACACGGGAAAAAGUCCAAAUCCAGGUGCAGCAAAAAGGCACUGCAUGUUAACUUCAAAGAGCUGGGCUGGGACGAUUGGAUCAUCGCGCCUCUGGAUUACGAAGCGUACCACUGCGAGGGAGUAUGUGACUUCCCACUGAGGUCACACCUGGAGCCCACCAACCACGCCAUCAUACAGACGCUUAUGAACUCUAUGGACCCUAACAGCACGCCUCCGAGCUGCUGCGUCCCUACCAAACUCAGCCCCAUUAGUAUCUUGUAUAUAGACUCUGGUAACAACGUGGUUUACAAACAGUACGAGGACAUGGUGGUGGAGCAGUGUGGGUGUAGGUAGCGGCCCUUCAGCUUCCACUGAGCGUUCACUGAUCCCGUUGUUUGGCUUAAAGGUGCUUUCCCCCCAAAUGU